ACCAUUUGGGUGAAUGCAACCACUCCUCCCUCUGACAAUGCCUUGUUGACUGACCGACUACUCAAGAAACCCGACCAAACACCAAUGCCUAGUAGAAACGACACUUACGACAUCACUUGCUCAUUCUUCCGCCGCCAGAUGCGCCGAAACCCGAGCCACCAAAACCUCGAGAGAAACUACAAUUCUGACCCCCGCGACGAUCCCGAGCGACGACGAGGCACGAUCUCCGUGCUUCACUCCUAUCCAUAACCUUCCUACCAAAGUGACGCCCACUACUGGUAUAGGGCGCGACCGGGACACCGACGCGCGCCCCUCGUUUACGAGCAAUCCAUACUUCUAUACGGAGCGGCCACCUUAAAUCCUUCCCGUAAACCACCACCACCACCCGAACCAUGAUUGCCAAGGCGACGCCCGCACUGAACACGGUGCGCGGCUUCCAGAACACCCCCGUCACCUCCGGCGACGAGGAUUCCGACUACGGCGUCUGCGCUACCCCGCCUCUCUCCGCGAAGCGCUCCGGCCGCACCGCCUUCAUCGACGAUGUCGUCAGCGCCAACUGCAGCCCCAACAUGCGUGGGGCCUCCUCUCCUGCUGUCUCGGGCAUCGCCAAGCUGCGCUUGCAGAUGGAGCCUCUCAGCUUGGACAACUCUUCCCGAACGAGCACCUUGACCCUCAACGGCAGCAACGGCAGCAACGGCCACGGCGGCCUUUCCAAGGGGUUCGGCAUCAGCAGCGCUGUCAUGAGCCGCUGCGGGAGCCAGGACGGCAGCCAGAGCGAGGCCGGCAGCGAGCGUUCCGAGAACGGGUCUACAAGCUAUGAGGUUAACCUGGAACAUGACUACGUCGACGAGAGCGUGCGAGAGCGGAACGGCCACAUUGUGCCCAUCGAGGGCAGCAAGGACGUCCAGCGUAAGAUGACGGCCGACGACUUUGAGCCCCUCCGAUGCCUUGGAAAGGGAACCUACGGUACCGUGCUUCUCGUCAAGCAGCGCAACACCGGCCGGCUUUACGCUCAGAAGCAAUUCAAGAAGGCUUCCCUUACCGUGCACAAGAAGCUCAUCGAGCAGACCAAGACGGAGCGCCAGAUCCUUGAAUCGGUCAACCGACACCCCUUUGUCGUCAAGCUCUACUAUGCUUUCCAGGACCACGAGAAGCUGUACCUGAUUCUCGAGUACGGCCAGGGUGGAGAGCUGUUCACUCACCUGAGCACCGAAAAGAUGUUUGCCGAGCCUGUUGCUGCGUUCUACAUGGCAGAAAUGCUUCUGGCCAUCUCGCACCUGCAUAGCACCCUGGGUGUCGUGUACCGUGACUUGAAGCCCGAAAACUGCCUGCUGGAUUCCGAAGGCCAUCUGCUGCUCACCGAUUUUGGCCUUUCCAAGGUUGCGGUCGAUACUUCAGAGGACCACUGCAAUUCGAUGCUCGGAACUGUCGAGUACAUGGCCCCCGAGGUCAUCCAGGGACAAAAGUACGGAAAGGCGGUCGAUUGGUGGUCUUUCGGCGCGCUGGGCUACGACUUGAUGACUGGUAAUCCUCCCUUCCGCGGCGGCAACCAUGCCAAGAUUCAGCAAAACAUCGUCAAGCAGAAGCUCGUCAUGCCGUACUUCUUGAGCCCCGACGCCAAGGAUCUCCUGACGCGCUUGCUCAAGAAAGACCCCAAGAAGCGCCUGGGAGCCAACAUGCCCAAGGACCUGCAGGUUAUGAAGGGCCACCGCUUCUUCAAAAAGAUUGACUGGAAGAAGCUCGAAGCCAGAGAGGUUGAGCCGCCCAUCCAGCCCAUGAUCACGGACCCCGAGCUCGCCGAGAACUUUGCGCCCGAGUUCACCGACUUGUCCCUGAGCCCCGUCAUCACGGCCAAGGACCCCUGGAGCGCCAUGUCGGCCAAGGAAGAUGACCCCUUUGGCGGCUUCAGCUUUGUUGCGUCGAGUAGCAUGCUGGAGAGCCACGCGUUUCGAUUCACCACUGAGGUCUAGACUGCAUUGUUCAUACACAUCAUCAGCAGCGUUAGACGAAAGCGUAUAGAGAGACAAGAGGUGGUGAGAUGUGAAGGAGAUUCGGGAGUGCUUGGCGAACGGCAUGGGAAAAGUCUGGGAGCCUCAUUGUGAAUUGGCGCGACCACUGGACGCGUGCAGUACGGAGUUAUUGAAGCGAAGCAAGACCGUAGAAUUCUGGGCACUGAGGGUUUCCAGUCCUUCACUACCUGGUUCGGUCUACCUAGCUCGGUCUAUGGGCGACGGAAUAGCGAAAGAUCGACAUUGGGGUCUGUUGUUUUUCUCUGGCGCAUCGCUAGUACGUAGUUUUACCUUUUUUUCUUUCUUCGGCAGUCGUUGCACGAGGCAUUGUCACGAUAAUAUAUACGAGCUUUUCUUGUUUGA